AGUUGACUGUAGCGCUCGUGCUCCAUUGGAAGUGGCUCCGCGCUUCAGUGACAAUACCGGAGGACGAGUGGGCGGACCGGCGAGACGAAAGUUCACAGAAAACACUAGCAGCCACAGAACUGUUCGUAUUCACCUCGGUGACAUUUCUGAAGACAGCACACUGUCUGCGAACAGACGCACCGGGGAAUGCGGCGGAGGCUCGCCCGGCCAAAGGAAUAACGUUAGCAGGAAAGCGGCGAGAAAGGUUGUCGUGGCAGAAGAUAUCAAAGUGCAGGCGGGUCAUGCGGAUUUCUCCGCUCGCUGUUCGGAGCGCCGCGUCGCAGCACUAACCCGAAGGGGGACGAGAGAAGAAGCAGAAGAACCAGACCGCUCCUCCUGUCCGCCAGAGCGCGGCUCCGAGUCGGGGAGAAGCGCCACCAUGUCCCGGAGAAAGCAGAGCAAACCCCGGCAGAUAAAGCGUUCCCUCGGGGAUCUCGGCGGCGAGGAGGAAAACACACCGGACAACCUCAGCCUAUCAGGAGAGGAGGGCGGAGCCUCGGACCCAGAUGAUUCAGCAGAGGGGGACAGCUCUAGUCCCCCGCCGUACACGUCGCUGUACAAUGAAGAGCCCAGGACACGAGACUCUGGAGGAGGCCCCGAUGAUGAAGACGAGGACCGGGAGGAGCCAGGUCCGACACACAGCGACAGGGAGGAGGAAGAGGACGGGGAGGAAGAGGAGGAGGCGACGCUGUGGAGGGGUCCAGAUGACCUGGAGUACAGCGAAGAGGGCGGGGACAACAGCAGGGUGGUGGUUGGCAGGGACCUCCAUCCAGACACAACGUGGGGCCCCUACCCAGGCAUCCUCCAAUCAGAGGGCAGCACAGACGAUCGGGAGACAGAGAACUCCAGGUGGACUCUGGUGUGUGAAGACCCAGACUGUUGGAUGAGUAUGCUCCCUCUGACCUCCGACAUGUCCGCUGCCAACUGUACCAUCUACAGCCAAGGCGAGGAGUUGUUCUGUAAGGUGACUCGAGAGCUCACGGCUGGCCAAAGGCUCCUGGCUUCCCUGUCGCCUCCUCCGGGCUCCUCCUCCUCCUCCCCGCUGACCCCGCUCUCUCCGCCGCUCAGCCUCGUCACCCAGAAACCACCUGGGGCGAAGGAGGAGUCACUGUACUCACCGGCGCUGCUAUCAGAAAUCCAACUCCUCCCACAGCAAGCUGGCAUGGCAGCCAUCUUGGCUACUGCUGUUGUCAAUAAGGACAUUUUCCCAUGCAAGGACUGUGGAAUCUGGUACCGCAGUGAGAGGAAUCUGCAGGCCCACCUUAUGUACUACUGCGCCAGCCGUCAAAAGCAGCCGGCAGCAGCCUCGUCCCCGCCACAAGACAAACCCAAGGAGUCCUACCCCAAUGAACGCAUCUGCCCCUUUCCACAGUGCAACAAGAGCUGCCCCAGUGCCAGCUCACUGGAGAUCCACAUGCGCACACACAGUGGUGAACGUCCAUUUGUCUGUCUCAUCUGUCUGUCAGCCUUCACCACGAAAGCAAACUGUGAGCGCCACCUCAAAGUCCACACGGACACACUGAAUGGAGUCUGUCAUGGCUGUGGCUUUGUCUCCACCACAAGAGACAUCCUCUACAGCCAUCUGGUCACCAGCCACAUGGUGUGCCAGCCUGGAUCUCGCAGUGAGGUCUACUCCCCAGGACCAGGCCUGCCGAAGCUGCCCCUGUCCACUGGUCUCAGUCCAGGAGACUCUGGUGUGGUGUUAAAGUGUCAAGUGUGUGGCUACAACUCUGACUCCCCUGCCCAGCUUCAGCAGCAUGUGCGAACCCACCUAGAGGUUAGGGUCCCAGCUGAAAGGAGCCCCACUCCCCGCCAGAGUACCCCAUCAUCAGUUGACCACCCCCAGCUGUCUCCCCAGGAGAGGGAGCCCCUAGCCUGUGUCCCUACACCAGACUCUAGCCCUGGGGCCAACGGCGGCUCAGCCACGCCUCGAGACUACAGUCCUCAGGGUGCCCCAACCACUGACCUAAAGAUCAAAGAGGAGCCUCAUUCAGACUCCGAGACAGAUGAGCAGCAAAUGGAGAUUAUGGAAGAUGGAGAGAAAGAGGAACUUGGUGAAGAGGAGGGAAAUCAAGAAGCAAGAAUCAAGUCAAAGGAGAAGCAAAUCACCACAUCCUCCUCCCCAACGUCUCCGAAGAGUCCAGCCACCGCAACUGUGAAGGCAGAACCAACUAGUCCCACCCCUGGUUCUAGCCCUGCACAUGUGGGAGGCACAGGGUCAGUUCCUCCUGGAGGAACAAUGUUCUUGCCUCAGUACAUGUUUAAUCCUGAGGCAGCCAUUUUGCCUCAGGCCUCAGAAAUAUUGGCUAAAAUGUCAGAGAUGGUCCACAGCCGACUGAAACAGGGCCAGACAGUUCCUCAGAACAACCCAGCGACCUUCUUCCCCUCUGGACCAACUGCACCUACAGCUGGAGCCACUCCCCCUCACAAAGGAGCCACCUGCUUUGAGUGUGAUAUCACAUUCAACAACAUCAACAACUUUUAUGCACAUAAGAGGCUGUACUGCUCCAGUAGGCACCACGGAGAAGGUGCAGCCUCGGCUUCAGGCCCUGGAUCGACAAGGGAUGCAGCCCCAGACACGAUGCCUUCCAGUGGGGCACAAGGCUCGUCCGCAUCUCCUCAGUGUGGAACAGCAAGUAGAGCAGCUUCUGCUUCUCCUACUGACUCUGACCCUCCUGCAGGGAGUGCAGCAACUGAAGCCAAGAGGGUGGUGGAAAUAAAGACAGAACCCCCUAGAGAGGGAAUAUCCUCCUCUUCUGAAGGGGAAGGUGGAUGUGGUAGUGUGGGAGGAGGAGGAGGAGGAGGGGGAAGAGCAAGUGAAGGCAGCCAGAGUCCUGCUAGUGGUUCUGCGGAGGACCAAGAAGACGAUCCCAAUAGAACCUUCUGCCAGGCCUGCAACAUCCGCUUUAGUCGUCAUGAAAACUACACUGUACACAAACGCUUCUACUGCGCUUCACGCCAUGACCCAUCCAACCACCGUGCUGUACACAUGGCCAAGGCAACCACAGCAGCAGCCUUCCUUCCCCAGCCCAUCCGCAAACGCAAGAGGAAGAAGAUGUACGAGAUUCAUAUGGCCAGAACUGAAGCCUUAGCCAACGCUGCUGCUGCCGCUGCUGCUGCCGCCGCCGCUGCUGCUGCCGCCUCUGCACCAUCCCCCACCGUUCUGGGCUUGGCAGUAAAGCGAGAAGUUUCUCCCAGUGGGGCGGGCAGCUCCAGCCCUGAAGGAGAUGGCCCGAUUGACCUCAGCAAGAGGCCCCGUCUGAGAGAGGUUCCACGGCACAGCAGUAGCAGUAUUCUCCCUGCCCUGCCUCUUACAGACUACCACAAGUGCACCGCCUGCAGUAUCAGCUUCAACAGCAUUGAGAACUACCUGGCUCAUAAAACCUACUAUUGCCCUGCUACCACCCUCCAGCCCCAUACCUUGGAGCAGCUUCACAGGCUCAAGAGUUCGGCCUCUACCUCUCCCAAAAGCAGGCCUCAGCAGGAGCACCCGGAUCAUCUGCACCCUAUGGAGGCUAAAGCACUGCCUGCUGAGUGGGUUUCCCAGGCUCAAGGCACAUCCUCCAGUCUUCACCCUUCUGCCUUACCUGCCUCUGAUGCCACAUCUCCUUCCCAUACAACCACCACACUUGCAGCCACCCCAGGGGCUGGAGCCAAAGGCGCCAGUUCCUCUCAGGUGGUCUGCCCAUACUGCCCUAACAGGCUCAUUACCUGUGACCUGAUGGAACACUUCAAGACUACCCACGGCCUUGUUGUAACCAUUCAGCCACCGCAGCCAGGCAGUGCAGUCAGCCGCAGCCCCAGCCUUAGUCCCAGGGAUGGACCUGCUGCAACCACCUCCAACACCCCGACCAGCCAGCCCAGAUUGGUCUCUCGAGUUCAUAGAGAUGGCGUCAAUGGCCAGGCAAGGAGCGGUACAACUUCUCCCGCCUCCCCACUGGUAAACGGCAGCCCUUCAGCUGGCGGUGGAUCACCAUUGGCUGGCUCACCUCUGCCCGUGUCUCCCCCGAGGGCUCCUUCUCUGACUUUGUCACCUGUGCCUGAGGCCCUGAGGGAGACGGUGGGGUCAUCCCACCUUCCAGACAAGGCUUUCCCGACGAUGGCCUCCCAUCCCGUCCCCACGUCCCAGCCUGCCCCCAUCACCGGCCCCAAAUCCACACUGAUCUCCCCUGUCCUGAACGGUAAUUCCCGCUUCUGUCGGCUCUGCAACAUCAAGUUCAGCAGCCUCUCCACGUUCAUAGCUCACAAGAAAUACUACUGCUCUUCCCACAGUGCCGAACAUGUCAAGUGAACUCAGUAUUUCUCUUCCUCCUCUUUCUCUCCCUUUGUCUUUCUGGGUGGAGGCUUUCCGUCAGUUGUCCCUCCCCUGCCAGUCCUCCCACAAGGGGGGCCACAUGAAUGACGAUAAAUGACUGUUACUCACCUGGCAGCGCCUGAUGUCCGACUGCUGCAGAGCAGAUUUAGCAGGUGGUGUUACUCACAUACUUUCGCUGAUGGGUCAAAGUUUGUAGCACACUAAGAGCAGAGACCGAUGCUACCUACACACAUUGGUGUGCCCUCGUCCCCUAGAUCACCCCCCCCCCCCCCCGCCACCAAUUCCACAUCUACCACUCCCAGGCCUCACAUUAUGUUGUAUUAUGGGACGUUAAAAACAUUGAAGUCAACAGCCUGUUUUCCGUCUCUGUUGAACAGUGUCAGUAAUUAGAUUCUGACUGAUGGAGGCAUUUCUGACUGAUGGUGAUACAUUAAUGAUGAUGCUGAUUAUGAUGAAUCUCCAGUCUUUUCCUGAGCUCUUAAUGUUCCAGACUUAAACAGAGGAAUUGUUUCUCCUGUGUGGAAAAGACUUGAUCAUUGUUAAUGUUUUUAAUAUCUGUGCAUAUUGUAUGAUGUCUGAAAAAAAGAAUUCUAUAAUGCUUUUGGUUUCAACACUGGCUCUUUUUUGCUUACUAUAGAAGCUAAAGUAAUUUAGCUGAAAAACAAAUAUGUGGUAUCACAAUGUUACUAAUUACUGAAGGAUAAUAUUUCAAAUGGACAAUUCUGUUCUUUUCUUUCAUACACACACAUUCUUAUUUUCUCUUUAAAAAGCAAGGGAGAAAAAACUGUGAAAUAUUUAUCUUUUAGUCCUCACUGAUUUCAUGUCAACAGAAAACUACCUACCUAGUGUCUGAGAGUACUUGUAUUUUUUAUUUGUAUAUUUUUCAUACUGUUGGAAGGAACUGUUUGGAUCUGGGUGUGUUGAAGUGUAUUUUCUAAGUGUAGAUAUGUAAUAUCUUCUCACAGUAAUCACCUUGUUAUCACGUUAGCGUUUGGUGUUUUUAAUUGACGGUGAGGUGGAAAACCCGCGCUGUUUAUUUUUAGCCUCUUGAUGAGCAACAGGAUUAGAUCAGAACAGCUUCCUCACUUCCAGAUCCUCACAAGAGAAAGUUGAACAGAGCCACACUCAUACUUUUGUGAUAAUAAUUCACAGAUUUUAGGGUAAACAAAAUCAACAUUUUGAAUACAUUUUUUAUCUUUAGUUACCAGCCUCCAUACCAUUUGUUGGACUGCCAUUUCAUACAUAUACUAAGCGAUACACAAAACAUAAAAACAUGCUUUGUUGUCUAAUACACAUCUUAAAAGAUGUUAUGUUUCUUUUAAAUGAUUGUGUUUCUGUCCGGGAAUGAAGGCAUAACAGGGAAUAGUCACAUAUUAUUACAACGCGUCACACAGUAGAGAGUACACACAUAUUUAAUAGCCACUCGUUGUGGUCCAUGGUGUGUGUGAGAAAGAGACUGUCCUUUUGCUCUCUCACUUUAUUGCUCUUUCACUCAUGCACACACACACACACACACACACACACACACACACUCAUGCUCCCAUGCUGCUGUAGCAGCUGCAAUACAGUGUUAGUUAGAACUGUGAAAGGCUUUUCAUUUUUCAAAUAUUGAUGCAAACUGCUAAGGGUCAUCUGAGGUUUUUUUGAAGUCCAGACUUAAUUUUUAAUUGGAAGUGCCAAUAGCCAAUAUUGCAUCCAGAUGCUGAGGUUGUUACACAUUUUUCAUCCACAAUUUUGAAAGAAUAAACAUUUCCCCCAGGAUUUGACACUUGUUAAUGUACAACAACCUCUAAGACACAAUUGGACUUUUAUGGUCAAGUAGAAACACAGAGUUGGGAAAAUAAUAUUAGCAGAUAGCAUUUUUCUUGCCUGCAGUAAUAUUUAAAAAUGUUGAUAAAAUAUUAACGUCAGUCAAACUGUAAACCUAACAACACAGACUGUAGCUUUUCAGUAGAAAACAUGCACCUAAUCAAA